AUGGCAGGGGUUGCUCAUCUAAAACUGAAGCCGCGGAUUGAUGAUGGAGCAUGUGGACCAGUGUUCGAUCGUAUUUCUCGAUCUACCCACGAGGUAGCCGUGUGCAGUCGGAUUAUCAGCUCGUUCCGCCUUGAAGCAGUCUCAGAAUGCCAUAAUUUGACGUCGUCGAAUCCUCGAAUAUGUGUUCUUCGCAUGAAUGGCCAAGUGAAUAGUGGCCAAGGUAUGUCAUCAGGACUGCAUGGCGGUCCUCCCGAAGUGGGAUUGUCAAGUCCUGCUGGGAUUCGCAUCCAACGUCGUGCUCAUACGAUGGAACAGCCGCUGGGACCGCCACCGUCUGUUCCUGACGAGCCGCCCGCUUCCCAACAAAACACAUUAACUCGUCCAACAGGCACAUUAAGUACGCUGAAGCGAGAACGAGCGAAAGAACGUGAACGACUUCACAAAGAGCUGAAUAUUCUGGGUGACGUUGAACGAAACGAGGAGUCAAAAUCGAAGGAGAGCAACAACGAUUCAGCAUCGAACUCUACCUCGCCUAUACAUCCGCCAUUGAAGGAGAAAACCAGCUACGUUGAGGAACCUCAUUCUAACGCGACGACCUUGGAGCGAAAGGAACGAAAGAUGGAAAAGGAACAAGCGCUAGUGCGACGGAUCACUAAUGAUAUGCAAAUAGCGCAUUACGUUAGACAAAUGGAACUUGCCAGAAGUCAUAGAAAACGGCACAGAGGAGCUUUCUCCACUGGUGUUUUCCGCAUUCGCUCGCUGCGAUUUUUUGAAGCAGGUCUGCGUCGUGCGCUAUGGUAUCUUGGCAAAGCUAUCGCUAAUCAUAAGCUGCUUUUCGUGGUGCUACCUUUAAUCUUCGUCUCGGCGUCGCUUAUUGGUCCCUUAUUGCAUCGUCAUAAAAUGACCGUAUCGAUGCCGUUUACGAUGCUUGGCGCCGACGGAAAUGACGUUAUCUCGAACGGAUACAGUAUUCAGCGGAUGCAGCGUGAUUUCAAUUACAGUAAUCCCGCGUUUACGGCGUUGAACUUUAUGGAGUCGUCAACGUUCGGGGUGCUGCUGAAAACAACAAUGAACAGGGACUCAAUUUUACGGAAGGAUGCAGUCUUGGCUUAUUCGGCCUUGAAAAAACGACUGGACAGCUAUCCUGUCGGGAACAAGGAGUUUAUGGAGGUUUGUUCGGCUGAUUGUGAGUUGGAAAAGGAAAUGGUGGACAAGAUUAUUAAGAAAAGUCCUCAGAUUGCACUCACCUAUCCAGAAACGUUUGUGAGCAUGAGCAAAGACUCCACGAAUCUCAGUCGCGUCUAUUUGGGAUCAUCUAUUGGAGGAGUUGAAACCGACUCAGAUGGUGCAAUUUCUCGGGCACAAGCACUUCUGCUUUCCUUCAAACUGAAAGAAAGCAUUACGGACGAACAAAUUGCUGCGUGGGCGGAGAACUUGGAGGAACAGGUUCAUGUCACUUCGGCACCAAAUGUUUCCCUAUCGUAUUGGUCUCCUGUGUCAUUUUCAACGUGGGUGGUCCGUUCGCUUGCAAAAAGUUACCGUUGGCUGCUAGUUUCGGCAGCUGUGCUCGGUUUAUUCUGUUUCUUGGCGACGUUCGGCGCCAAUGCCUAUCAGUCGAAGCCUCUGGUUGGUAUUCAAAUUGCGUUCACGUUGAUGAUCUCUUGUGUUGGUGGACAAUUCGUACAAAUUGCUGGCUCCGGAGAUUUUAAUCCGCUCAUCUGGCCGGUGUUUUUCGUCAUUGCAGGAAUCGGUCUACUUUGGCUGUUCUGCUUCCAUCAAUCCUGGAGCCGCUACUCAUCAGCGGCAGUACAUCCUACAGAGAAACUCGCUUUCAUCCUAUCGCACGAUUUCCCUGGGAUUACUGUUGCUGCGAUUGUCAUCGUUGCUAGCACAAUGUUGGCCGCUGCCAUUUCUCCACAACGUCAUAUGGAAUCAACGUUUGUGACGAUAUCCGCUGCUGUCGCAAUACUUUUCUUUUUUCUCAUCAUGUUCGUCGCUGUAUUUAUCUAUGUAGGAGGUCGACGUGAAGCGAAAGGAGUAAAAUGGUAUCAGCUGUUUACCACCGGAGACACUCAUUUCACAGCACCAAAUCUGAGCGAUUUCGACUCCGCAUCUCUGUUUUCUCUCCACGACCGUCUACUGGAUACUCGGCCCAGUGUGGCGCGUGCUCUUGGGGAUCGGUUGAUUGCUCGAAACGCGCGCUAUCCAAUUGUUAUUUUCUGCACAAUAGUUUUGAUCUUUGCCAUAUGGGGAUGUGCUAAUGUAAAGGUUGACCUACGAGAGGAGCAUUUUCUGCCGCUCAGUGCCCCAUCUCGGUGCUUCCUUGAGGAUUAUCGGGAAAUGUUUGGGAAAACGACACAGUUUCUGGAGUUAACAAUCGACGAUCCAGUGGAAUACGAAGAAGAACUCGUCCGAGAUUCGAUCAUUGAACUGUUGGAUAGUGCAGUGAGGGCUGGCUAUGCUUCGCGAGCUGUCAGCUGGUUGGUGGAAUUUGCAAGAUUUGAGAAGAACACCAUCUAUGACAUCAACCCUGAUACAUUCGUUCCGGUCGUGAACCUCGUUUUCCUACAAACUGACCCAUACAAGAGAUUCGUUUCGGAUAUUUCUUUUGAUCGUCAUCAAACGCAAAUAGUUCGCUCCAGAAUGUAUCUUGAACUUACACAGAAAGGUGUUGAUGAGAGAGCGUCCUUGACGCAAUCUCUUGUGUCGAAGUCUCGCGAUCUCCACCUUCCGUUGUCGAUCCGAGCUCCUUUUACAAUGUCCUUGAGACAUGAUAUUACGGUGCUUUCCUCUGGGAUUUUUGUGUUUGGAAUGUUGCUGGUCUGCCUGGUGGUCUUCUCGCUGUUUCUUCUCGGUCAACCUGCCCUCACUUUCGUUUUGCUUUUCACAUCUGUGGCUGUUUUGACGGAGACAAUCGGCUAUGCGACACAUUGGGGUGUUCCGAUGAACGUGAUCACAAUGACAAUGGCACUAUCAGCCAACAUGCUCGCCUCUGUGAUCGUUAUAGCCUUCUGCUACAGUUAUUCAGUGUCAGGGAAACAACAAAUGCGAGCUGGCGUUCGGAUACAGUACACUUUCCAGGCUACUUUUCUUCCUGUUGUAUUUGCGUGUCUCGUGCCAGUGAUCACCUACUUACCAUUAUUUGCUGUCGAUGCUCCAAUAAUUGCACAUAUAUGGAAAAUUCUUUUUGUGAACUCAACGGCAACCCUAAUUCAUUACCUAUUCUUCAUGCCAAAUCUUUGUCUUCUAUUCUCCAUUCAUCUUCCUGCUUGUACGAUCGUAAAUUGUACCGAAUGCUGUUGCGAUAUAGAAGAUGACAGUUCAAUUUACUAUAUCCCGACUACAGCACGAGCAGUUCAUCCAGAAGGUAUAUACCAACACACAUCCUAUACGUACUCCGUACCGAAAUCUGUUGUGAACGGAGGACCACCUAACUACUUGGCUAUAGCGGGACCUCCAACAGAACCGUCGUACGCGGGAGACUAUGUUAGAGCUAACCUUGAAAGGGCAAGGACAAGACGAGCCAGAAGAAUAAGCGAGGGUUCCGCUCCGCAGUCUGAAUCGGCUACACCAAGAGCUCACCGAACAUCAAGAAAAAAAUCUAGAGAUGAUUCGAUUUAUGAGCCUCCUCCAAGUCCUCGAGCCUCAUCUCGUGAAGAUUCCCCACAACGAGUUCCGCAACCACAUGGACCAUACUUCCAAGAUCCUUCCAUCAAUAGGCAUCAACAACGUUGGAGACCAUUUGUACAUCCUCAACCGUACAUGUACUACCCGUCAUCGACUGGUUUCCGACGAUAG